AUGAAGAUCUCAUCAUUAUCACUCUCUAAGGUUGUAAUAAUGCUCAUACUUGUUUCUUUCAAUCUCAAUGUUAGUAUGAUUGAUGGUCAAGUUGCUCCUCUACCUAUUGCGGUUGAAGUGACCAUAAACAACAAACUGAUCGAUUCGGAUCUUAAAUUUCACUGCAAGGAUCAACACAGUGCCCAGGUUGAUUUAGGGGACCAAACGGUUUCAACUGGUCGAAGUUGGAGUUUCAAAUUCCUUGCAAGCCCUUUUUACGUGCCUUUGUACUCCUGUACCUUUUCUUGGCAUGGGGCGCCAGAUCGUCACUUUGAUAUUUAUGAGGGUGAACGUGAUGGUAAAGCAUGCAACCAAGAUUGUACUUGGGACAUCUACGAGAUCAAUCCAUGUAGGGUUUCGGGUACUGAUCAACAAUGUUUUCCUUGGAAGGAGGGGUGA